CAGAAGUAAGCUUAGUUUGGUUAAUUUAACUUUAACAAUUUAGCAUGUCUCAUACCGUUGUUACUACCACAACAACGACGACAUCGUCGUCCGAUGGAGGAUUUUUCAACCUAGGCUAUACGCGUUCUACGCAAGGUUUAUUGAAAAUCGCACAAGUGGUUUCCCUCCUUAUAGCUUUCCUGUGUGUGCACUUGGAGUCUAUAUGGACCGACUACUCUGCCUUUCGAUACUUUGAGGUUGUUACCCUGUGGUUCUUCAUUGCUUUUCUCAUCUUUUUCCUCAUGUAUGUAUUCAGACUCCAGGGCAAAAUUCCCUGCAUUAACUGGACACUGACGGAGUUCCUACACUAUGCUGUUGGGACUAUUCUUGUCUUUAUUGCUUCCAUUGUAGCGGCUGUGAAAAGUCAUGGAAUUUCUGCUCUAGUUGCUGGAUCUGUGUUUGGCUUUAUCUCUACUUUUCUUCUCGCAAUCAGCCUCUGGACGUCAUACAAGGUCACGUGUGGCUCCCAGCCGACCAGUGCUGCUGUGUGACAGGAAACUGCUAUUCUCACUUAAAGCAACAAGAGGAAGAACUUACUGUAGCAGCCAUUAGGAGUGCCUCUGAAGAGUUUGAAUGAAGAGCCUUGCCAAGACCCAACCCAAAAUCUUUUCUCCCUUUCCCUCUCUCUGGUUGGUCUUUUAAACUAUAUUGUGAGGAAUGAAUGUGGACCUGGUUUAGU